AUGGCACCGCUUAUAUCCCUUGGGAAGAGAAGACGAUUGGACGAGGACGACGUCUGGUUCCUUGGCUUCGAAUUUCAACAUCGCAGGUUACAUGACAAGUUUCGUCGACUUAAAGGCUCAGUGAUUGGCCGUCUGCUUCGUGCGAAUGGGAUUGAUAUAGUGAUUGUUUCCACCAUUGCAAUUGUGCAGAUGAUAUGCGACUUCGCGACCCCAAUCUUGUUGCAGCAACUCCUUCAAGCCAUGCAGGACAUGAGCUCAGGGAAACGCCCUGCCAUGACCUAUGCACUGGUCACUCUCGUCCUUCGUGUGGUUGCGGCGCAAUCGCAAGUACUCAACCUUUGGUUCGGUAGACGAUGCUACGAAAGAAGCAGAGGGGAGAUGAUCAUGAUGGUCUACGAGAAGGCGCUCUCUAGGAAGAACAUUUUUGAGCCCCAGUCAGAACAAAAGGAUGAAGGGGCCGCAAACGGAGAGCUUCUCGAAGAAGAUACCGACGAUGAAGUAGAGAUCCCCAAGCGAAGGAAACUUUGUGGGAUAUUCUUUCGGCGCCGGCAAACCACAAAAAAGCAGGCUAAAUCGGCUGCCUCGAUGGGCAAGAUUUUCAAUUUGCUCCGUGGUGAUGUCUAUGAAGUUGCUCAGCGGUUUUGGGAAGUCGACUCCUUGAUUGACAAACCUCUGGGUCUCGUCAUUGCAAUCGUGCUUGUUUGGAAGCUUUUUGGGCCAUCAUGCUUCCUGGGAAUCCUAGCAAUCCUAGUCGCUCAGGCUUUGAACGCCGUCAUCACUCGCACACUUCUCCGUUGGGAGCGAGUGCGGAGACUCGCAACAGAUGCCAGACUGCAGAUAACUUCUCAAUUUGUCGAAGCACUCCGUCACCUGCGCUGGUAUGGCUGGCAGGACCACUGGUACCGGCUGGUUAUGGAUGCUAGGCAGUCGGAGCUGAACCUUCGUAUCAUUACCAACUUGUGGAGCAUCCUGAUUCGUUUUGUGAACACUUUUGCCAGCGGCGUGUUUCCCGUAGCGGCUCUGUAUGCCUACACCCUUCUGGCUGGUCAUCCUCUCCGCAUUGAUAUAAUCUUCCCUGCCUUGCAGCUGUUUACUAUGCUAGAAACACGCCUUAGAGAUAUCCCUGGUCUCAUAACGGUACUGAUCAAUGCAUCUAUCGCCGUCGAAAGAAUCGAGGACUUCAUGGCCGAGCCGAACAAGGAGACACCUACUACCGACCCCGACCACUCUUCUCCCAUUCAGCUACAACAUUGCUCAUAUGCUUGGCCUGGUCGAGUCGUCCCGGUGCUGUCAGAUAUCAAUUUGAGGAUAUCCGAGGGUCUGACUGUCGUUUCUGGUAAGGUAGGGGCCGGAAAAACGGCUCUACUUCAAGCGCUUCUCGGCGAACUGGACAGAAUUGGCGGCUCUGCUGAAAUCCCUAAUGAAAUGGUGGGCUAUUGUGCUCAAACACCAUGGCUCCAGAGCAUGAGUAUCCGAGACAACAUCCUUUUCUCCUCGCCAUAUGAUGAGCAAAGGUACCAGAAAGUCCUGGAUGCAUGUGCCUUGCUUCCUGAUCUCGAGAAUUUCGAGCACGGAGACCUCUCUUUUGUGGGUGAGAAUGGUAUAGGCCUUUCUGGCGGCCAGAAGGCCCGCGUUGCGCUGGCGCGAGCACUUUAUAGUACCGCUAGGAUUUUGUUGCUUGACGACCCAAUUUCUGCUCUUGAUCACAACACUGCUGAGACCGUGGUUCGAAAGUGCUUUACGGGUCCUCUGAUGCAAGACCGCGUCGUUGUCCUCGUUACGCAUCGUACCUCGCUGGUCAGUCCUAUCGCCGAUCAAAUAGUGCAUAUUGAAGAUGGCCGGGCUACAAUUCACGGUAAACAGGCUGUGUCUAUGGAUUCGGCCGCUGAUGAAGAUGUCCAAUCGCAUUUAGCAAAGACAGCCGAGGCGCAAAGCGAGAUUCAAGGCGCUCUUCGAGAGGCUGCGGCUUCGACUCCGACAAAGUUCAUCGAGGAAGAGCACCGUGCGGAAUGGGGCGUGCAAGCCCGAGUCUAUUGGAACUACAUCAGAGCUGGAAGAUAUAGAUGGUGGAUUUCACUAGUAUUUAUCUUGGCCAUCUACCGAUUGACGUCGGUAGGACAAUCGUGGUUCCUAAAGGAGUGGGGUGAAGCCUACAACCAGAUUCUCCUGGCAUUCAGCCAUUUCACCCCCGAAGGCAGAUAUUCCGCAGGAUAA